AUGCCCCUCUCAGAACUCGCGCCUGAUGCCAGCUCGGGCCGGCCGGCUGCGCCCCUCCCGUGCCCUCCCGCCGCGCCGGCUGGUCGGCGGCGGGGCUCCUCCGUCACUGUGGAGGACGUCCUCGACUCCUUGCUGGCCCUGCCCGCCUCGGGCGGCAGCCAGCAGCAGCAGCCGCGCCGGCCCAGCUCCACCAGCAGUAAGGGCUCGCGGCGCGGCGCCUCGCCCAGCCGGGUGCUGUAUGAGACCUCACUGGUCGGCACUCGGUACUACGAGCGGCCGCCGUCCGCCAGUGACGACUACCCCAGUCGGAACGGCCACGUGGUAACUGCUGGCGGCGGCUGGGGCUGUCCGCCCGCGCAGGAACACCAGCAGGCGGUGUCUCCACCCGAGCAGCGUCCUAACGCCAUCACCACGGUGGCGUGGGUCAGCAGUGAGCCGGAGCCCGACCCGGACCCGGAGCCGGAGCCCGACCCGGAGCCGGAGCCGGCCGGGGAGCCGCCGCUCUGGGAGGAGCUGCACAGCGUCGACUCGGCGAGCGGCGAGCACCGACAGCACAGCGGCAGCACGGACAACUGCGCGUCCAGCGGCGACUCACUGCAGGCGCAGGUCAGCUCUCCGACCGGCGAGCGGCGCCUGAGCGACUCCAUCGACGGCCACAAGGUGCGCUUCGACGUCAGCGACGACGACUGGCAGCCGGGCGAGGGCGGCGAGCGGGGCGUGUCGCUAGAGGAGCUCGGCAGACGGCUGCCGCUCGCAGACGACACGUCGGACGCAGAGGGCGACACGGACCGCUCGGGAGCCACCACCACGCCGGUGGAGAACGAGAGGGCCGCCGAGGUGCGCGGAGAUGAGGACGGCCUCGAGACGGCCGACUCGUUCAUCACCAUCAAGUGUAAGAACUCGAUGUGCCUGCGCACGACCAACCUGACCGAGGCCAAGACGGUGUUUAAGAUGUGCCACAACUGUGAGACGUUUUACUGCUCGCGGGAGUGCCGGCGCGCGCACUGGGAGAGACACAAACGAGUGUGCGCCGCUAUCCGCGCGCAGGCCAUGUCCAAGCAGAUCAUCAUGAAGAUCAAGGAGGAUGAGAAUCUUCUGCUCGAGUUCUCCCGCACGGCACGUCAGGGUUAUCUAACGCACGGCAGAGGCCUGCUCAAGGUGUUCUUUCCGAGCCCGGAGUCGGCCGACGACUUCCUCUCUCGAGAGAACGGCACUGCCUCGGAGGCGCUCUAUAUCAAGUGGCAGGACCUGCUGCCUCGCGAGAUGGGCCACCUCGUCUACCGCGACAUCAUCGACCUGUGCAAGUCCUACAACCCGGAGACGCGCCUGGUGCUCUACAUAGUGAUCUGCGUGUUCAACGAGCUGCCGCUCAGUGGGGUGGCCAAGUGGGAGCGUCAGAUCAUCCCGCGCUGCGCCAAGCUCAAGCUCAGCCCGCUCUUGGGAGGCCGCAGUCCGCAGCGGAAACCCUCGCCCAAGAUCACCCGCGAGCUGGACGAGCUGGAGACGCUGAUCCUGAUCUCGCUGCCCCACUCGCUGCCCCACCUGGCCGCCGAGCGGGCGCGCGAGGUCAACUUUCUGAACAUCGUGCGCCACCUGCGCAGUCGUGGCGUGAGUCUACGCAGAGAUUACCCGGAGGUGUACAAUCGACUGUGUGCCUACUCGGAGAAGAGCGUGCCCUUCUCGCCCACCACCAUCUACCCCAAGGACACGAGCACGGGCAACACGUUCAUGUGCCUCAUCAUGCCGGACGCCACGCCCGAGCAGUUGCUGAAGAUUCCCAGGGACUGUGGUAAGGUGAAAACGAUCAAUAUCAGUCAGGACCGGCCCGAGUGA